GAGAUCCGGAAAGGCUGACCGACUCUGUUCGUGACCCUACCGUUAUACUUCCGUGCCGUCCCAUCGGUUUGCUUCGAGCUAACGAACCGCAGAGCAACCGUCAUGGCCAAGCUAACCCUCUUCUUCGCCUUCGGUCUGGUCGUCACGAUGGGACUUAUCGUGACUCAGGCUGAAGCCUGGUCGCUCUUCGCCCGGAACGAGGAAGCCAAUGCUGAGAACGCCAAUGCUGACAGGUCAGAAGGAGCCUACGCAGAGAACGCCAAUGCUGACAGGUCAGAAGAAGCCAACGCAGAGAAUGCCAACGCAGAGAAUGCCAACGCUGACAGGUCAGAAGAAGCCAACGCUGAGAACGCCAACGCUGACAGGUCAGAAGAAGCCAACGCAGAGGAAGCCAACGCUGACAGGUCAGAAGAAGCCAACGCUGAGAACGCCAACGCUGACAGGUCAGAAGAAGCCAACGCUGAGAACGCCAACGCUGACAGGUCAGAAGAAGCCAACGCUGAGGAAGCCAACGCUGACAGGUCAGAAGAAGCCAACGCCGAGGAAGCCAACGCUGACAGGUCAGAAGAAGCCAACGCUGAGAACGCCAACGCUGACAGGUCAGAACAAGCCAACGCUGAGAACGCCAACGCUGACAGGUCAGAAGAAGCCAACGCUGAGGAAGCCAACGCUGAGAACGCCAACGCUGACAGGUCAGAAGAAGCCAACGCCGAGGAAGCCAACGCUGACAGGUCAGAAUAUGCUCACGCUGAGAGCGCUGACGCCGACUGAGCGGCACGCCCAAAGUCUAGCCACAAAAAGAAGACUAUGCCAGCACGUCUUUCACUCCGAAUUAGCUCAUCUUAAAGUACAAGAACCACGGGGGGCAGAUAAUAAAACUUAUUUCUUUGAACGUACAAA